AUGAAUGGGGACCUGAGCCUUUCUCAGGCCCUAGGCGGACUGCGCAUCGCCAACCCUGACGACGCCGCUGAGGCUGUUAACGCUUCAUCAACCACUCCCGUUGGACCCGAUUCCACUGCUCAAAAUACGUCCCUCUCCGCAUCAACGUCAACCUCCGCCCUCCCCUCUACGCCUCAACCAACAGUCACAUCGACAACGCCCUCACCUUACGAUGCCAUUCGUCUCGACCCUAUAGAUGCCAGCGUCGAAUCAUCCCUAACCGACCCCCGACUCACCCCAUCUGCCAAGUCAACCGACCUUACUUCAGAAACAAGCCCCUCGACGGGCCCUUCGCAGCCAUUAUCCCAGACGGAGGCAUCGAGAACCUCCAUUUACGGCAUGCCCAACGCGCCUGAGCCUGGCUCCGGUCUCUCUUACCCUGCCAGGGAGUCCAGCCGACGAGAUCCUCAUCGCUUUAACAAAUCGAGUCGACCAGUAUCGGGCGUAAACCCUGGCGGCAGUCCGUUACCACCCCGAGGGAGCUCAAGAGGCAUGGGUGUUGGAUACGCAGCCGGGCCCGGCGGGCCACAGUCGAAUCAGCCAUACGCUGGUGAUGCGCCGGUUCCUACCAGUAGAGAAGACUGGCAGGAGCGCGGUGCUGCUGUAGGAGUCCGGCGAGAAGUUGAUGCAAAUGGGCGUACCGUUGUCCGACAGGUCAAGAAAGGCGUCCGCGACUUUGCCUUUGGACGUACUCUUGGAGAGGGCUCGUACAGCACAGUAUUCAUGGCGACUGAUCGACAAACACUCAAGGAGUAUGCCGUCAAGGUACUUGAAAAGAGACACAUUAUCAAGGAGAAGAAAAUCAAGUAUGUCAACAUUGAGAAAAACACUCUCAAUCGACUUACCGAGCAUCCUGGCAUUGUUCGAUUAUAUUACACAUUCCAAGACGAGACAUCCCUCUAUUAUGUUCUCGAUCUAUGUAACGGCGGCGAACUUCUUGGGGUCCUUAAGAAGACGGGCACUUUCGACAUCGAAUGCACUAGAUUCUACGGUGCUCAAAUACUCGAUGCCAUUGAUUAUAUGCAUUCUCGGGGCGUCAUCCACCGAGAUCUAAAACCCGAAAACGUAUUGCUGGAUGAUCAAAUGCACGUCAAAAUUACGGAUUUUGGAACUGCUAAAUUACUGAAGGACCCUCGGGAAGAUGGAUCAACUGCAUCUGCCAGUGGUGUUCCCGACCCAGGACGCGACGAAGAUAGUCGUGCAGCAUCGUUUGUUGGCACCGCGGAAUAUGUGAGCCCUGAACUCCUGACACAUAAGAAUGCUUGUAAGGCUAGCGACUUGUGGGCAUUCGGAUGUAUCAUAUAUCAACUCUUGGCUGGCCGACCACCUUUUAAAGGUGGCAGCGAGUACCUUACCUUUCAAAAGAUCGUCAAUCUCGAAUACGAAUUUCCUCCUGGGUUUCCACCAGCUGCUCGAGACCUUGUGGAGCGUUGCUUGGUACUUGAACCUGCGAGGCGACUCACUGUCGAGCACAUCAAGAACCACGAGUUCUUCGAUGGGCAAUCAUUUGGAAAGAAUCUCUGGAGGACAAAAGCACCUCGCCUACGCCCUUAUGUAGCGCCCCCGCAGGAGCCGCAGGUCAUCCAGCUCAACGGCUUUUCCAACUCUGCGAACCCGACCAACAACUCGAGAGCACCCCCCGGCCCUCAGGCCACCCCUUCCAAUGGGAGCAAUCGGCCUUCUAGAAUAAUCACCGAACUCCCUCCCCCCACACAACUUGACAUUGAAUGGUCGCCUGUGUUGACUAAGAACAACGAGCGCAUCCUGAAGCUAGGUGACCUCAUGGUGGUCUCAACGCCUUUGCCAUCAAGCCCCCACGGGAAGGAACCAGGAGAAGGACAUAAGAAGUUGUCUCGUUUCUUCAUUGGAAGUACAACAAAGAAGCGCCAGCGCUUGGUCAUGAUUACCUCGAGUGGUCGAAUUGUGCUUGCUCCAGCCGGUGGUGAGGAGAAGCGGGCAAAGCAAGAGCUGUCCUUGCUAGGCUCAGAUUGCUCCUGGAAGACUCAGGUCGAUGCAAAGGGGCAAACGGUAUGGUGUGUCAAUACAGGUGGUCACCAUUAUACAUUUGAAGAGGCUAAAUCCUCAUCAACACCACCGGAAGGUGGUUCGGCUGCCGCUGACUGGGUUGAGUGCUUGGAGCGGGCCAGAGAUAUGGCGCUUUCUCAAAGCAUGGUUACUUCCUAUGGAGGCGACAGUGGAUUCGCCGACAUGUCGUCUCAAGUAUCGAGUCCUUCAAGUACGUUAGGGGGACCGGGUAACUAUUCUGAAGGUUUUGGAAUAAGUGAUCGACAGGGACGGAACCAUCUGAGUAAGAAUCAGGGGAAUGCUGAAGAUCCGGCACCUAAGCGUAACCGGUUCAGCAAGAGACAAUCAAGAAAUGGUCUCGGCUCUGCAUUCUAA